UCAGUAGUUUUUCCAGAGCUACAAUCCAAUAAAAUAUCUUCAUCUUCACUCAACCUAAACAGCUGACCUCAAAAAUCAUUUUCACAAAUUCCAACUGUAAUCCUUCAUCGAAACCCUAGCAAUUAAUCGAAAAAUAUAUGCUAUAAUUUAGUUGGAAACCUUCCUCUCCAAUCCAUGGACGUGUCCUAUUUACAAAAUACUCGUUCUCCAUGUCACCUUCCGGCUUACUAUCCACUCCUUUCUGAUUCCCGGGUUUCCAUUUCAUUCAGUAAAAAAUCGAAAAAUGUGAAAUCGUACAGUGUUGGUACAAAGAUGUGUUUAGCUUCGAAUUCUGACACAAUGGUGGCGGGAAAGAUGAAUAAGGAGAGGAAAUCGAGUGGAAUUUUGGGCUUGAAGAACGACGAAGAGUAUGGAGACUUGAAAUCUUGGAUGCAUAGGAAUGGGCUCCCCCCUUGCAAGGUUGUGCUCAAAGAGAGGUCUUCUCAUGAUUCAAACCAUCGCCCGAUUCACUACGUAGCUGCAAGUGAGGAUCUUCAGGAAGGUGAUGUUGCUUUUUCUGUACCGAAUACAUUGGUGGUGACUCUGGAAAGAGUUCUGGGGAACGAGACCAUUGCGGAACUCUUAACCACAAACAAACUCUCAGAACUAGCCUGCCUGGCACUAUAUCUAAUGUACGAGAAGAAACAAGGAAAAAAAUCUUUCUGGUAUCCAUAUAUAAAAGAACUUGAUCGUCAGCGAGGUCGGGGGCAGUUAGCGGUGGAAUCACCGCUUUUGUGGUCGGAUUCUGAACUAAAUUAUUUGACAGGAAGUCCUACAAAGGCUGAAAUUCUGGAGAGGGCUGAAGGAAUCAAAAGAGAGUAUAAUGAGCUCGACACAGUUUGGUUCAUGGCUGGGUCUUUGUUUCAGCAAUAUCCAUAUGAUAUACCCACAGAGGCAUUCCCUUUUGAGAUUUUCAAACAAGCUUUCGUUGCAGUUCAAUCCUGUGUGGUGCAUUUGCAGAAAGUCAGUUUGGCCCGGAGAUUUGCUUUGGUCCCUCUAGGACCACCGCUGUUAUCCUAUAGAAGCAACUGCAAGGCAAUGCUAACUGCUGCUGACGGUGCGGUGCAACUGGUUGUUGACCGUCCCUACAAAACUGGGGAGCCCAUUGUUGUCUGGUGCGGACCACAACCUAAUUCUAAAUUACUCAUAAAUUAUGGUUUUGUUGAUGAAGAUAAUUCUUAUGAUCGCAUGGUGAUUGAGGCCGCUUUAAAUACAGAGGAUCCUCAGUAUCAGGACAAGAGAUUGGCUGCUCAAAGGAAUGGAAAAUUAUCUGUACAAUUUUUUCGUGUGCAUGUAGGAAAAGAAAGAGAUGCUAUACUAGACAUGCUUCCUUAUCUGCGAUUGGGAUAUGUUUCUGAUCCUUCAGAGAUGCAAUCUGUUCUAUCUUCACAAGGUCCAAUUUGUCCGGCGAGUCCUUGUAUGGAGCGAGCAGUUUUGGACCAGCUUGCUGGUUAUUUUGAAGGAAGGCUUGCUGGUUACCCUACUACUAUUGUUGAAGAUGAGGCUUUGCUGGCAGAUUGUAAUUUGAAUCCAAAAAGACGAGUAGCCACACAACUUGUCAGGCUGGAAAAGAAAAUUUUGAAUGCAUGUUUGCAGGCCACAUUAGACCUGAUAAACGAGUUACCUGAUCAUUUUAUAUCUCCAUGUCCAGCUCCUUAUGCCCCAAGUUUGAAAUAGGUAGAACCAAUCUAUAUUGUGAUCCUUUUACAGAUGAGGAAUGCCGCAAUCUUUGACUAAAUGGGCAGAAAUUAACGAGAACUCUCCUUUUCACCUGUCAAAAUUCAGAGAUACAUGUCUUCUAGAUUAUUAUCAAAGAGAGGAAGGUGGAUCUUGCAGCCUGGGUGGCGACAAAGCAAGCAAUGAACUUGACUGUAUUUAUAAGUUGGCACGGUAGUAGUAAAGAUGGAUAUGCUUGUGGCCGUGCAUGUUAUGUACAAUCUGAUCCCACUUGAAUUUUGAUUUCAGAUUCUGUGAAUUUGAAUUUUACAAAGAGAUCCUAUUUAGUUGCCAAGUACUAUGUAAAUACUGGCAGUAAUCAAUGUGGUCUAAGAUUAUGCUGGAGGAGAAAUUGUAUUAUAAUCUUGCAUAUAAAUUAAUGACAUGUUUGAGUGCGAAAUUUGCAUA